AUGGCCUUUGCUAUUAAAAUUGUGUUAUUUGUGUUAUCAUUGGUGAUUCUUCUUAAUUUCGCAAAUGCAAGCUUUUGGAAGCAAUACAUCGAACCUACGUCAGCAGUGUUAUCAGUCAACACAAAUUACGUUGAUUCGUGUAAUGUGAGACAAGCUCCAGGUUUUGUGUGCAUGGAUUGCAGUGUUUUGGCUCGUUGUGUAUUCAGAAAUAAUGGUUGGGAUACAAUUCCAUUAGAAGUAUGCGAUGCUGGUCAGAAUCUUUUCUGUCAUGCUAAUGAACAAAGAUGUUCACCAAAUCCUGGACCAUGUAAUCCCGGUGGUGGACAGGGCGGUGGUAAUUUCGCUUGCACUUCUUCAGGUGUUUUCCCCGAUCCAUUCAAUUGUCAAAUGUACCACAUGUGCUUCCCAUCUGGACCAAACUUAAUUGCAGUCAACGUUCUUUGCGGUGGAAAUUACGCUUUUAAUCCAGUGACAAAUGAUUGUUCGUUAGAUUUAAACAAUCCAGUUUGUCGAGGCAAUCAAUUUACUUGCAACAAUGUCGGUGACAUGGGCGCAUGGCCAUUGAACCCAAAUAUUUAUUACAUUUGCAUGGCAGCCACAAAUGAAGUUCGAGUUCUCUUUCCAACACUUUUCCGUUGCCCUGUUGGUCUCAUCUUCAGAGCCGGUCAAUGUUCACCACCAAAUGGUGUCGAUGGAAAUAUUUUUGAUUGCCAAAGAGCUGGACUCUUCCCUGAUCCCUACGACUGCCGUUCUUACUUCCAUUGUGAUGGUCUCUUACGUUCUCAACAUAUAACAUGUCCAACUGGCACUUACUUUAAUCAAAUAACUUUGGGAUGUAUUCGAGGCACGUGCUGA